GCUCCCCCGUUGCAUCCCGCUCGCUGCUGCCGUACACCGAAACUUCGCCUACGCCUUGCCGCCCGCGUGGCUCUUGUGGGCGGCGAGGCGGAUCCGGGCGCCGCCGCUUCCGCCGGCGCCGCGCGCUCCCUUUCGUCCCCGCCGGAUCCCCCUGCGGCGGCGAGACCCAGCCACCUCCCGCCAGCGCCUCCAGCGAGGAGGAGGAGGAGGAGGGCUCACCCCCGCCGCCGGCGCCGGCAGCCGUCGAGGCGUGCUGGCGCCCGAUCCACUCCAGCUCCAUGGCCUCCUCCCUCCUCGUUUCCUCCUCCUCAUCCUCGGCGCCCUCGGGGGCCACGCCGAUGGCCACCUGCUCCGCGGCCACCUCGCCCUCCGCCGUGGCGAGCUCCUGGUCGGGGUCGAGGUUGCAGCGGCAGGCGGGGCAGGUGAUGUGGCUGUCGAGCCACUCCCCGAUGCAGUCCGUGUGGAAGGCGUGGCUGCACGGGGGCAGCAGCCGUAGCUCUUCGUCGCCGGCGAACGCUGAGGCACACCGCGCACUCGAGCGCGGCGUCCUUGCCGCCGACCCGGAGCUCCUUAGCCUCCGUGUACCUCAUCGUCAGGAACGACGCGAGCAUGGCGGGGUCGAGCCCGCGUUGUUGUUGCUACUGGUCCCGUUGCUCCUGCCGCGACAGCGCGAGCAGCGCGGCGGCCGGGAUGGCCGGCUCGCUCGAGGAGGCGCCCGCACCGGCGGAUGUACACAGAGAAGAAGCCUAUGAAGAAGAAGGGGUAUUAGGGUCCUUUUACCACUACAAAUAAUGAUCUCUAGUCCCUCAAACUAAAUAGGAGGAGACUUUUUGUUUUAGUCCAGGACUAAAAUUAGUCCAAAGACUUUUAGGAACCAAAUAGGAUCUGGCCUAUUUGAGAGAGGACUAAAAAAAUAGCCCAGAGAUGCAAAUAGAACGUGUCUCUCCCGUGCCGUGGAAUUGCAUCCUUCUCCAAAAUUAAUAAGCACCUUCCGAAUUCCCUAUUAAUUCCUCAUCAAUGUCAAAUUAAAUACCUUCAAUGCCAAAAUUAAUUCUUUCAUCUACCUUCCGAUGCGAAUCUUGUUCUUCCAUACUCUGGACCCUGGACUGAUCCAGCCAGUCCGGCAGUCCCUAUCAGUUGUUCAGGCUAUGCAAAAACGACAAUGCAUGUGUCGCCACCAAUCUUGUUCUUGUUUUGCCUGGCUUUGUGCACUGCAACUCUGCAAGCCUGAUGAGGCAGCAAUCCUACAUAAGAUCUGCUAGUAGCUAGUAUCGAACACAUCUUUGGAUUCCUUGCAACAAGCCACAAGUGCACAAAGUUCCGACAGGGAUACUGGAAAUGGCAGCCAGCCUGUGCCCGAAGCCUCACUUCGUGGUCAUCCCAUGGCCAGCCACUAGCCACAUUAUCCCUAUCGUCGACAUCGCCUGCCUCCUCGCCGGGUACGGCGCGCCGGUCACCGUCAUCACCACUCCCGCCAGCGCGCAGCUCGUCCAGGGCCGCGUGGAACGCGCCGGGCCAGGCUCAUCGGGACUCACGGUCACCGCGAUACCGUUCCCGGCGGCCGAGGCCGGCCUGCCGGAUGGCUGCGAGAGGCUCGACCACACCCCCUCGGUCGACCUCGUGCCCAACUUCUUCGACGCCACCACGCGAUUCGGCGACGCCGUGGCGCGGCACUGCCGCCUCCUCAUGGCGACGGCGACGCCGGCGCGCCGGCCGGGCUGCAUCGUCGCCGGGAUGUGCAACACGUGGGCGCACGGUCUGGCGCGCGAGCUCGGCACGCCCUGCUUCAUCUUCCACGGGUUCGGCGCCUUCGCGCUGCUGUGCUGCGAGUACCUGAACACGCACAAGCCCCACGAGGCGGCCGCGUCGCUGGACGAGCUCUUCGACGUCCCGGUCCUGCCGCCUUUCGAGUUCAGGUUCGCCAGGAGGCAGCUGCCGCUGCAGUUCCUGCCUUCGUGCUCCAUCCCGGAGGUCCGCCUCCGGGAGCUCCGGGAAUUCGAGAUGGCCGUGGACGGCAUCGUCGUGAACAGCUUCGAGGAGCUGGAACACGGCUCGGCCGCGGGCCUCGCGGCGGUCACGGGCGGCAAGGCCGUGUUCGCCGUUGGCCCGGUCUCGCUCUGCGGCGCGCCUGGCCUCCUCGACCCGCGGGCCGACUCGGAUGACGCCAGGCAGUGCAUGGCGUGGCUGGACGCCAAGAAAGCCAGGUCCGUGCUCUACGUCAGCUUCGGCAGCGUCGGGCGCAUGCCACCAGCUCAGGUACAUUAGCGUCAAGUGUCGAUGGAGAGUUGCCGUGGAGGAGCUCAGGCCGGGCGGCAGCUGUGGCGUCCACUCCUGGAUCGAGGGCACAAGCGGCGACGGAAGGCGGGUUUCUUGGUUUGCGCCACAAAACCAAGGAGGCUGAUGGCGGUUGAAGACGCCAAGUCGUGGAGGCACGGACGUCGGUCUCGGGACUGACGGAGGCGACAGGCGUCGACGGUGUCUAGGGCCUCGCUGUAGGCGAGGAGGUGACGGGCGUCGGGCGGCGUCUAGGGCCGUCAGAAGGCCUCGCUGGAGGCGUCCAGCGGGAAUCUUCCCGCCUCCAGCGAGUUUUGGCGGUUUUCUCAAAACCGGCCACCUACCCGGGUUUCGCGGACCCCCAAAACCGCGAACCGGAUCUUCAUCGACAUGGCGGCAUCGCAGAGAAGGCUUCGAGUCGAAGAAAGAACCUCGGCUGUCGGAUGAGUCCAUGUAUCUUUUCCGGUUUUGCCCCUACGGGCCUUCUAGUUUAUUUUCAGCUCUAGGGGUAGUUUAGUCUUUUUGGUUGAGAGUUGUUGGGGUAUUAAAAAACCCCUCACCCCCUCUCUCCCUUCCUCUCUUUUUUUCCCCUUGCCUGGCGCCCAGAGCAGUAGCGCUCUCUCUCCCGUGCGCCACCUCCCUCUCUCUUGUUCUUCCUCUCUUCUCCUCUCUAGGGUAGGAUUAUGGAGAUGGAUUUUUGAGACCAUGUAUUGAAUUUGAUUGGGAAAGGAGGCCCUAUCCUCCUUGUGCCAUCGGGGCUUUUCGAUUUCGAAUCGAUUCAA